AAUUGGAAGACAGCAACUCCCAGUAACCCAAAGUGACGUUUACCCAGCAUGCACUUCGGCUAUGAGAAGAUGAGGCAAGAUGGCGACUAAAAUAAGCAAAGAAAGUGCUCCUCCUUUUGAUUGUCCAUCAUGGGCAGGCAAGCCGCCUCAGGGUCUCCACCUAGACGUGAUGAAGGGAGACAAACUGAUGGAGAAACUGAUCAUAGAUGAAAAGAAGUACUACUUGUUUGGAAGGAACCCGGACUGGUGUGACUUCACCAUCGACCAUCAGUCAUGCUCACGUGUACACGCUGCCCUGAUCUACCACAAACACCUGAAAAGGCUCUUUCUCAUAGACCUGAACAGCACCCACGGUACUUUCCUGGGACACAUCCGUCUGGAGGCACACAAGCCUCAGCAAGUUCCCAUAGACUCUACGGUAUCUUUUGGGGCCUCAACAAGGACCUACACCAUCAGAGAGAAACCCCAGACCCAAGGCACCGCCGGCACCGGGGACAGCAAGACGGGAGAGGAUGAGGAGCUGAAAGGACUGCUCGGGCUUCCAGAGGAAGAGACGGAGCUGGAGAACCUGACGGAGUUCAACACGGCUCACAACAAGCGCAUAUCCUUACUGACUAUUGAGGAGGGUAAUCUGGAAAUCCAGAGGCCUAAGAGGAAGCGGAGGAACUCCAGGGUUACCUUCAAUGAGGAUGACUCCAUCAUUAACCCAGAGGAUAUAGACCCCUCGGUGGGACGGUUUAGAAACAUGGUGCAGACUGCUGUCAUCCCCAUCAAGAAACGCAGAUUAGAGGGUCACAACACUCUUGGUCUCGACGACCUGACUUCAAAGCGCAUCCACAGCUACAGCUUGGGUGGUGGUCUCUAUGGGGACUUGCCCCCCACCAGUCACGAGAACCAGCCAACAGGAGCUCCGGGAGGUGCUGCUAUGCAGGGAGGGCUUCCUCUGCCCUUCCCCAAUCCGGCGCCCGAGGUGGACCUGGCCCCAGAGGCUCCCCAGCCCCCCGUCACACUCAACCCCACCCCCGUCACAGCCCCCUACCUUCCAGAGACACACAACGAGCCACGCAAAAAGAAGUAUGCCAAAGAAGCUUGGCCGGGGAAGAAACCCACCCCUUCACUACUCAUCUAACAGUUUGUCAAAGCUGCUGACUCUCAGGUUACCAGCAGAUACAGCAGGGACUGUGACCUGGCAGAGGGGGAGUCAUUCACAUCUCAAUCUAGUUUUUUUUAUUUUUAUUUGUCGUGUUACUCAUUGUCAUCACAAAAAAAAAAGGCACCACACAGUGGGGUCUGUCACAAGAUAUCACCAACAUUGCUAUGUCAGCAGUUGAUAAGUUGGCAGGAAUAAAGCAGAAGUUUGAUUGCAAACACAAUUAACAUAAAUGUACAACACUCGGCAGUUAGCAUUUGAGCCUCAGAGGUGCGGUUGCCUACGUUUGUCUGUGAGCGACGGGCUACAUGGAUAUGGUUGUUUUGGUUAAGUUGUGUUUUUUUUUUUUUUUUUUUUUUUUUUUUUUACUAAUCACUUUUUCAACAUUUUUUUCACUCCGUCAGUGUUUUGAUAAUGCUGUUAAACAAAUGGCAAAAACAUACUUUUAUAUGAAAUAUUUUAGCUUGAAAAGUGAUGACAGUCACAGAAUCCAGACAUGAAGUCAGUGUCUAUCAAAACACAGGGCUGCUUUUUAUUUUGAAAAACCUCUUAAUAUAAUGUGAAGCCUUUCCAUUACAUGGGUUAGACCAAUAGGACAUCAACUCAAGUGUGUUGUAUUUGUCCAACAAGCCACUUGACGCAUGUGACUUGUGCACAAUGGUCAAAGUUGUCAGUGAGCUCUAGCUGCAGACUUGCAGCUGCUAUUGUUUAUGGCCUGUUGCACCAACCUCAACAUUUCAAAAUCUACACAGCAUCUCGUGAAAGUGAUGAUGCAAACUCGUCGUUACUGAUUUGGAUUCUUCUGCAGAUAAAAGCCACUUGCCGUGUCCAAACAGCAUGUCGAUCACAUCUUUUUCUAAUAUAUAUUGAGUUUUAAAUGGUUUGUAGUAAACUGUAAAUACAAGAAUUUUACAGUUUUCUAUGUUGGCAGUUAAUUGGACUAUUAUGUAGGAAUAGAAUAUAGUUUUAAAUUGGAACAGCAGCACAGUAACAAAUACCAACUCAGCUGCAAAAUUUAAGAAAUACUCGUCAAAACACAAAAGGUUUGGAUUUAGUACGUUUUGAUGGUCAUGUAGCGUGUUAAUCUUUCUCUUGCAGAAGACUACAGUGCCGUUUAUACAGUGAACUGUUCAUAUUUAGUUUGCCCCAAACUGACUUGAGAUGUAGGAACCAUCUUUGCACAGUAACAGAAUAUCAGUUAUUCAUGUCACACAUUUGGAACAUUAUGUAACUGGUUGUAAUUCCCAAAUGGAAAGGUCCCAUGAAAUAGUAUUCUCACUUAACUGGUGUUCCCUUUUGAGAGAGGCAUCAGACUGCAAGCUGUCGAUCUUAUUUUAAACAAAGAGGCAAGUAGUUAUAAGAGGAAGGUCGAGUUGAUGGAACAUGCAGAAAGAUCAGAUGGUAAUGGUUGGACUUCUUUGGUAUAGCAUUAAGUCAGCACUAAAGACGAGCCGUUUUCAUGGGAUCUUCUAAGUGAAAGGUUGGAGAUCAGAAAUCAACAAAAGACGAGGUGUUUCACUUUUACAAACUGUGCUGGUGACUUUUUGUCCUUGUGGAUUUUGUAAUCAUAUGACUGUAAAUAAAAAAUGAAUUACUUUUGACUCAAAA